AAUAAUGUUAUAAUGUUACAUAUACUAACCUCACCCGCUGCCUGAAGGCCAUAUAAGCGAUUGCUCUCCGGUGAGUCGCCCAUACGCCGGCGGAUAGUGACAGCGGCGACUCGCACACCAACAGUGAUCAUGAAGAUAGCGGUUCUUUUCCUCCUGGUGGCCGGGAGCCAUGCGGCUAAAGUCGGUGCGAAAGAGAGGAAGAUAGAUGAAAAAACAGAGAAGAGGGAACUGACCGAGGGAAACGCUGGCUUCGAAAAAAGAGCACCGCUUCUACCAACAGGCUCGCCGGCGCUGACCGGAGGAGUGGUGUAUGCCGACACCAACAACGCUUUGUCAGACCAAUCUCCGACACAGCAAAUCUACGCAACGCCGGCGCCACAAUUCUCCAAGGUGUCCGACCUGCUCGCCGGCCAGGUGCCGUCCUACCAGAGCGCCAUCGCUAACCAGCUCUACUCUCCUGUCUCCAUCUACCAGCCACGGUUCGGACAACCGACUUACGAAGUAUCAGCACCAGUGCCUUCGAACCUGGCUUACAGCGAGCACAGACUGUCUCUGCCCUCGCCAAACGCAAUACAAUACAACACAAAACCUCAAAAAGUUAUCAAGCCAAACUAUGAACAAGGCGUCAUCCAACAAUCAUACGAACAGAACUUGGCCCCUACACCAUCCGUGCAAGUCACAGCCAGUCCUCUGAACCAGCAACUUCAAUACACCCAGAUCCCUCAACAGUUCUAUAACAGCCAGCAUUUGCAAUACGUACAGCAACCGAACCUUCAAGCUGUGGCGUACAACCAAGAACAGCUAAAUCAAGCGAGCAACCACCAGCAGCCUGGACAAAGAGACCUGAAGAACCAGCCAGCUCCUACACAAAGUUUGGAGAAACCAGUUUUUCAACAGGUCUACAAUGACAAACAAAAUGCUCUGAGCUACGCAAGAUUCAGCGUCAACCAACCGAUACCUGCCCACGACCAGAACCAGUUGCAACAGGUUCACCAACAACCGCUGCCACAAUCUCAACUCCAAGGUCAACCUAUUCAACCUCAGCAACAGCAAUAUCAGCAGCUCGUUCAGCCUCAACAGUAUCAACAACCUCAACUAAUUCAACAUCAGCAGCAAUACCAAGCACAACCUUUACAAAUCAGUUAUCAACUUCAACAUCCCGCUCAACAGAUAUCUCAGACGCAACCACAAAUAUCUCAACAACAAUUACAGUAUCAACCUCAACAGCCACAAAUACAGUAUCAACCUCAACAGCCACAAAUACAGUAUCAAGAACAACCGCAAUACUUGUAUCAGCAGUUACAAGAGCAGGCUUUACAACAGCAGGCCUUAUCGCGGCAGCUCCAGGAUCAAUCCCAGGCUCAGUAUCAAUUCCAAAACCAGCCGUAUCAACAACCGCAACUGUUUAACGUCGAACCGUCCGAGCCGGCGCAAUCGAAGCAAUCUAUCCCCGAACGGCAAAGUUUCUUCAAACAAGCGCAGAUUAUUCAACCCAAGUUAAACUUUAACCAACCGCAAGUUCAAAGUUUGGGUCAUCAAGGCUCGCCCGCCGCUUUACCAACUUUCCCACCUGUGCAGUAUUUUGGGAAAUUCGCCCAAUCCCUGUUCGGAGACUACCAACAUUAAUAUUACUACAACUUAUUACAAUAGUCUUAGAUCCGAAUUUGAUAAGACCUUCAGCCAUCUGUUUGAUGGAUGAAAGUACUUUACUUAGUAAUUAUGUUAAGAAAAUGUAUUGGUAGUAUGCCUGCGCACUGUUUGCGGCUAGAUGUUUUAGGCAACCUAUUGACACAUAAUUUGGUGGAAAAGUAGGACAUAACCUUGAUUCCUGAGUACCUUCGUGGUUUCCGCUUUAACAUAAUAUUGUCAUGAAAAUAUAUUGUAGAAAAUUUUGUAUAGGACGAAUAAAUAAUAAUUUAUUUAAUUAAUAUUCUAACUAUUCUAAAGCUUAUUGUAAUUUAAGAGUUGUAUAUUAAGAGUGCCAAAAAAGUCUAGAUUUUUUUACUUAUUUAUGUAAAAAUGUUAUUUACAUGCACUUCAAAAUGUUUGUGAACUGUUAAGAGAUGAAACUAUAUAAUAAAUUAUAUGAAAAUAUGAGUGAAUGAAUGUAUCAAUAAUAUUGUAUGAUCUCGCUGACGAAUCGAACGAUCAAAUUUUGUACUUAUAAACUAAUAAAUCGAUAAUUAAUUAACGUCGUCUACUAUCAAACUUGAGCUGAAA